AUGCCUCGCGGAGCAGAAUACGAUAACGGCAUCCCCCAGUCCGACAACGCCAUCGAGGCCGGCGAGACAAAGGUCCAUGGCACCAACUCUGCUGUAUGUCCCGCCAACCACCUGCAGCACCCUAAGCACGAUAACGACCACCUCGAUCGCGUCAACCGCACAGCUGAUCUCCCCGAUGUCCCUGCGGGCGGCAUGCACAGCGGCGGCGGUGCCCCCGGCCACUCGAGCGGCAAGGGCGGUCAUGAGCCUCGUACCCUAGGCGAGAACAAGGGUCUUGGUGCGCAUAAGGCGUGA